AUGUUGUGUGGAUAUUAUUUAUUAUUACACAAGGAAAAGAGAAGGCGAUGGUGGGUUAGGCCCAUCAAUGAAAGAAGAAAAGAACAAGGCGAUUACGAAAACUUGGUGCAAGAAAUGCGUCUUAAUGAUGUGGAGAUGUUUUUUAAUUACACAAGAUUAACUGUAGAGCAGUUCGAUUGUUUGCUAAAGCUGGUAGGGCCUUCUCUACAGAAAACAAGUUUCAGAGAACCUAUAACUCCAGGAGCCCGACUAAUAUUAACUCUAAGACAUUUAGCUGCUGGGGAUAGUAUUCCAACACUGGCAUUCUCGUAUCGAAUGGGAAAAUCCACAGUGUGCAAUAUAAUUAAUGAAACAAAUACAGUUAUCUGGAAAAUUUUACACCCAGUUGUUUUAAAAGAACCUAACAAAGAUGAGUGGGAAAGGAUUGCAGAAGAGUAUUUUUCUGAAUGGAAUAUUCCAAAUUGUUUGGGUGCAAUAGAUGGAAAGCAUAUUGUAAUGAGAGCCCCACAGAAAAGUGGGACGUUAUAUUUUAAUUACAAAAAGACCUUUAGCAUUGUACUUUUUGCCGUGUGUGAUGCCCACUAUCGAUUUACCUACGUUGAUAUCAGGGCAUAUGGAUGCCAAAGUGAUAGAGCAUUUCCGGGCACCUCAAAAAAAACUCCACAUUAUUUCAUUGGUGAUGAAGCCUUCCCUUUGCAAGAAAAUCUGAUGCGUCCAUAUGGAGAAAAUGCCUUCGGAAUUUUAGCUGCUAAGUUUCGAAUCUUUCAUAUAGUGGUUUUUAAGGAUCCAGAAAAUGUUGACAAAUUAGUGCAAGCUGCUAUCUGCCUCCAUAAUUUUAUCAAACAAAAUGAGAAUAACCUGCCUGCCAGUCAGCACCGCUAUGUGCCCUUAAAUUUUGUUGAUAAGGAAAUAGAUGGGCAAGUUAUACCUGGACAAUGGCGCAACGAAGUGUCACAAAAUUGUUCCUUGCGCAGAGCACCAGACCAGAGAAGACUCGGCGCAAGAAACGCUAAACAAAGUGCAUCUGAAUAUCGAGAAUUUAUUAAAGAUUAUUUUAAUUCUCAUAUUGGCUCAGUACCAUAUCAGAAUGAAGCUAUUCAGAAAAUGUAA